AUGCCUACCGAAGCUGGUCACAGACUAUACGUCAAGGGUCGCCACCUGAGCUAUCAGCGCAGCCGGCACACAACCCACGCCAAGACCAGCCUGAUCAAGAUCGAGGGCGUCGAUGACACCGCCGCAGCCAACUUCUACGCCGGCAAGCGGGUCGCGUACGUCUACCGGGGUCAGAAGGAGGUGCGCGGCACCAAGAUCCGCGUCAUCUGGGGCAAGGUGACCAGGCCACACGGCAACUCCGGUGUUGUCCGGGCGAAGUUCACCACUCCUCUUCCCUCGAGAUCUUUCGGCGCCUCGGUUCGCAUCAUGCUCUACCCGUCCUCGAUUUAA